AUUUGCAGUAGAGACGGAAGUAGAGCAUAUCACCGCUGAGGAUCCGGAACCACCGCUCUAUCUAUCUCUCUCUAAAAAGUGUUCGGUGUUUGAACUUUUGAACCCAAAUUUCGCACUCUACUUUGCAGUUACAACCUCUGCAACUCAAUUUUCACUCUCCAUUUCGCUAUUUUGCUUAACCUUUCACCUCAUCAUAGUAUUCCCCAAUUUCUUCAAAGGUAAGCAAAGUUUCCCCAAAUCCUCAAUUUAGGGUUUUUGAGAAUUUCAAUUUCUAGUAGUUUCUGCUCUUGAUUGAAUACAAUUAGCCUCUUUGUUCAACUUGCAUUGUUGUUUUGAAUCUUCAAUUUUCAAUUUUGAUUAAUUUUCAUGUUAUGGGUAAUGUUGAAAUCCCUAAUUGGCUUGAGGGGUUGCCACUGGCACCUGAAUUUCGACCAACUGAUACUGAAUUUUCUGACCCAAUUGCUUAUAUAUCAAAGAUUGAGCAGAAAGCUGGUAAAUUUGGGAUAUGUAAGAUUAUCCCACCAUUGCCCAAGCCUUCAAAAAAAUAUGUUUUUUCUAAUUUGAAUAAGUCCCUUUUGAAGCGGCCUGAAUUGGGGCCAGAUGGUAGUUCUUUAGGUGCUGGUAAUUCUUGGAAAAUGGGUUCCGGGGAUAGUGGUAAUGAUGGAGAGUCGCGGGCCUUGUUUACUACAAGGCAACAGGAAGUGGGACAAAAUGUCAAAAAAUCUAAAGGGGUAGUUCAGAAGUCAAUGGCAUGUGUCCAUAAGCAAGUCUGGCAAAGUGGAGAGGUUUAUACAAUUGAACAGUUUGAGUCUAAAUCGAAGACUUUUUCCAGAAGCGUUCUGGGUACGGCGAAGGAUGUUUCUCCAUUGGUUGUAGAGUCCAUGUUUUGGAAGGCAGCUUCAGAGAAGCCUAUUUAUGUGGAGUAUGCUAAUGACGUGCCUGGUUCGGCGUUUGGAGAAUCACAGGGUCAAUUUUAUCGUAGUCAUCGAAGGCAACGGAAAAGGACUGAUUAUAAGAGUAGGGUAGAUAGCUCUGUUUGUAAAGAAACUGAAAUGGGUGGUGUAAAUGAUACACACAAUAAUGAGUCUAACGGCAUUGCUUCCCCAAGUCAUGCAGAAUCGUGUUUAGAGACGUCUAAAUCAGCUAUGACUCUGUCAACAUCUACACCAAAUGAGGUGUCGCAGCCUUCUAAGGAGAUGAUUUCAGAUGCUGACAAUGACAUGCAAGGCACUGCUGGUUGGAAGCUUUCAAACAGUCCUUGGAAUUUGCAAGUUAUUCCUCGUGCUUCAGGCUCACUAACACGUUUCAUGCCAGAUGAUAUUCCUGGUGUUACUUCACCCAUGAUAUACAUUGGUAUGUUGUUUAGUUGGUUUGCCUGGCAUGUAGAGGAUCAUGAACUUCACAGCUUGAAUUUUCUUCACACUGGCUCAUCAAAGACUUGGUAUUCCAUUCCUGGAAAUUAUGCCUUUGCUUUUGAGGAAGUCAUCCGCACAGAGGGUUAUGGUGGUGAUGUUGAUCAAUUAGCUGCUUUGAAACUUUUGGGCGAGAAAACUACUCUUUUAUCACCUGAGGUAGUUGUUGCAUCUGGGAUUCCUUGUUGCAGGUUAGUACAGAAUCCUGGUGAAUUUGUUGUGACUUUUCCAAGAGCUUAUCAUGUAGGAUUCAGCCACGGUUUUAACUGUGGGGAAGCUGCUAACUUUGGGACUCCACAAUGGCUUGGCAUAGCUAAAGAAGCUGCAGUGCGUAGAGCUACAAUGAAUCAUCUUCCUAUGCUCUCCCAUCAGCAACUGCUUUACUUGCUGACCAUGUCUUUUAUUUCAAGCGUGCCCAGAACACUAUUACCUGGUGUGCGCAGUUCUCGUCUGAGAGACCGUCAGAAAGAAGAAAGAGAGAUUCUAGUAAAACAGGCUUUUAUAGAAGAUAUGCUGCACGAAAACAAGCUGCUAUCCAUUCUUCUUGGAAAAGAAGCUACUAAAGAAGUUGUUUUAUGGAAUGUUGAUUUACUACCAGAUUCUGGCAAAUAUCGCCAGUUGCCUGAUUUAGCUUCUACUUCUGGAACCUAUAUGGCGGACAUGUCAAAUGAUAAUAUUAGUUCUGCUGAUAAGAGUAGCCAUUGUCUGCUUGAUGAGAUGAGUUUGUACAUGGAGAAUCUGACCGAUUCAGAUGUUGGCUAUGAUGAUCUUCCAUGUCACUUCCAAACUGAUUCAGGAGCAUUGGUUUGUGUGGGUUGUGGAAUACUUGGUUUUCCGUUUAUGACAUUAAUACAACCAACUGAAAAAUUGAUAAUGGAACUUCCUGAUAAUCAUCUAGUUGAAGAUUCCUCUCUGAACUCUGUUGGCUCCUUUCAUAGUGCAGUCUCAAGGGAUCUUUCUGUUUCUGAACUUGCCUGUGCAAAGUAUUCGCCGGAUCAGUCAUUGAACGAGUGCAAUAAAUGUUGGAACACCUCCAGUACAUUUUUGAAGCCGCGGAUUUUCUGCUUGGAGCAUGCUGUUCAGGUUGUGGAGAUGUUGCAGAGCAAAGGUGGAGCCAAUGUGCUUAUAAUUUGCCAUUCAGACUAUCCGAAAAUAAAGGCACAUGCCAGGGCAGUUGCAGAAGAGAUACAGGGUGAUUUUGAUUAUAACGAGGUUCCAAUGGAUAUUGCAUCCCCAGAAAAUUUGGCUCUGAUAGAUCUGGCAAUUGAUGGUAAAGAACUUGAUGAAUGUGAAGAUUGGACAUCUAAACUAGGUCUUAAUCUGCGAUUUUGUGUCAAUAAUAUAAACAAAUCUCCAUGUAAACAAGUUCCUUUUACACUAGCAUUAGGGAUGCAGUUCUAUGAUAAACGUCCUGGUUUAUCUUUAAAUUGGCAUUCACAGAAAGCUCGAUCUAAAAGGUCAAAUCGUUUAGCUCAGUCUAAACCUGACGACAUUCAGAGAAAGAAGGAUGAUCAAUUGCAGGAAAGAAUUGAUGGCUCCACUGCUGAAAAGAAACUACUUCAGUAUUCAAGGAGAAAAUUCAAGCCAAAGCAAAGUUGUUUCUCUGUAGCAAUCACGGUCUGUGAAUGUGAAUCCCAUGAAAAAUCCAAAAAUGUGUCCGCUGUUUUGAGUGCGGAGCAUUAUAAAUGUGUUUCUAAAGAUGAGCUUGACACAGAUAAUUUCAGGAGCGAUUGUGCAUUGUCUCGUGGCUCUGCUUCUGCUGCAAUGUCUCCAUUGCAUAAUGAAAUCCAGAAUGCUGAAGCUCCCACUAGUAUGAGCUUGAAUACUAGUGUCUCGGAAAAAUGCAGCAAAGAGAACCAGAAUUGUCAGAACAAUAAAUAUUCUGGCUCACUUUCAAAUGGAAUUGACAAAAAUGUUGAUGUGUUUGGAAACAACCAAAUUACAGAAGCAAUUGCCAUUGGUAGCAAGUGUGAUAGCUUAGAUUUAGUUGGUGAAGGGUAUCAAGAACAGCAGUCUGCAUGCAAAAGCAACAGUGAAGCUGUUUUAUCUACUGCUUCAUUGGUAAACCAAACUGCUCUCGCUACUGUGGAUGGAAGUUUUGAAAGUCCAAUUAAUAACCAGGCCGAAGAAAGGGUUAGCAAUUCUAUGUCAUUGAAAGAGACAAUUGAGCGAGAAAGUAAGUCUUUGAAUGAAAUGGACAAGGAACCUCUAAAUGAUGAUAAAGAAAUAAGUGAACAUGCUCCUACUGCAGACAUUUGUGAAGUUCCAAGAGAGCUUUAUGCUUCUGCAAACUUCCAUAAUACAGUAGACUUGGAUGCAAUGCAGCAAGAACGACAAGUUGGAGAAAGUGGCGAACAGGAGAUAAUUCAGUCCACUCAUAUUUCCGCAAAACAAUUGUAUGAAUCUACAAGUGGGGAAUAUGCAGAGGGAUUGCACAAUGAAGUGAUUUUGGAGUCUUCAAAGCAGUGUCAGAUCCAAAAUGAGAAUAUAACUAUUGAGGAACAUGUAUCUAAUUAUGUUGCAAAAGGUGACAAUAGAAGUAUAACCAUAUCAGAAAUAAGUUGUUCUGAUGUUUCAGCAGAAACCUGUCCCGAAAAAGACUCAUGUAUUCAAUUUGUUUCGAAUACUGAAAAGGAAAUGGAAAUCCAACCCAUUCAUAGAGUUGAUGAGGAACUCUCUAUAUCAAUCCAGGAAUGUUCUCAAACCGAGAAAAAGACGUGUGGCAGAGAAAAUGUAAAUGGAAGUGAAGUUGAUUUGUCACAAGAUGAUGGGGAGCUGGAAAGCUGUGAGUUGACUACAGAAGUUCCCAGAUCAAAUGCUGGGAAGAAAAAAAGGAGGAAAAUGGAAGACACGGAAAAUAACCAAUUUGAUUGCUAUGACUUUAUAAGAAGUCCGUGUGAAAGGCUGAGGCCAAGAACUGGGAAGACUGCCACAGGCAAAAGUGUAGGAGACAACAGCCAAAAUGACGAGGAAAAUCGAGUAGCUAAAAGGACACGGAAACCUGCCGAAGCUUCAAUUCCUCGCAAGGAUAAAAAAUCCAAUGUUAAAAGGCCGCAUAAGUGCGACCUUGAUAAUUGCCGUAUGAGUUUCACCACCAAGGCAGAGUUACAGUUGCACAAACGUAACCUUUGCCCACAUGAAGGGUGCGGUAAGAAAUUCAGUUCCCACAAAUACGCAUUGAUUCACCAGCGCGUUCAUGAGGAUGAUAGGCCUUUUAAAUGCACAUGGAAAGGUUGUUCCAUGUCAUUCAAGUGGUCAUGGGCAAGGACAGAGCAUCUAAGGGUGCAUACUGGGGAGAAGCCUUAUCAAUGUAAGGUUGAGGGUUGCGGUCUUUCUUUCAGGUUCAUAUCAGAUUUUAGCAGGCACAGGCGGAAAACAGGACACUGUGUGAAAUCUCCUGCUUGAAAAUAUUCAUUCAUUUUGGAUUUUUUUGCCUAUAACAUGUGCAUAUGUCAUAUAGUAAGGCAAUAGCUUUCUGACCAUAAACAUUCUGGUUAGGUAGCUGUAAAGUUAGGACAGAAUGGUUGUAGAUGCUCAAUACCCAAUUCAUUUGGAAGUGGUUAGAAUUUUGGCAUUAUUAGAGGGUGCUGCAGCAUGUUGGUUGGUCAUAUCUCUACUGGUUUAUUUUUUUUUUCUGCUGAUUGCAUGUACUUAAAGGUAGUUCUUUUAAGUUUUAAGUCUUCAUUGGUAGCUGUUCAUUGUUGGUGCAUAACAAUAUUAACUUCAUUUGUUGAUUAUAAAGGGGGACAAGAAAGAUGAGAGUAAGAAACAAGGCAUGUGUUCUGAUUGUACUUUCUAUGAAUUCCUCUUACAUAGUCCUGUUUAUUGCGUACUGGUGUAACUCUAUUCUUAAGUUUAUUUGUAUUUUAA